AUGGCACCUAAACCUUUUAAUGUACAUGUAACUUCAGUAGAAUUUGAAUUUGACUUUACUCUCGAUCAGAAUAGUAUCGGUAAACAAUUAUUUGAUCAAGUAGCUAAAAAUAUUGGUCUUCGUGAAAUAUGGUUUUUUGGUCUACGAUAUAUAGAUUCAAAAAAUGUUACUUGUUGGCUUAAACUUGAUAAAAAAAUUCUUUCUCAAGAUAUACAAAGAGAUAACAAACAAGUAGUACAAUUUGAAUUUCUGGUUCGAUUUUUUCCUGAAGAUGUAUCAGAAGAACUUAUUGAAGACAUAACUCAAAGAUUAUUUUAUCGUCAAGUAAAAAAUUUAAUUCUUUCUGAUGCAAUUUAUUGUCCAGCUGAAACAUGUAUUCUACUUGCUUCUUAUGCUAUGCAAGCUAAACAUAAAGAUUAUAAUGAAACUAAACAUCAGCCAGGAGUGUUAGCUAACGAACGACUUUUACCUGACCGUGUUCGAGAACAAUUUCAUUUUUCAAAUGAUGAAUGGGAAAAACGUAUUAUAAAUUGGUGGAAAGAACAUAAAGGAUUAACUAGAGAAGAGGCAAUGCUUGAAUAUCUUAAAAUUGCUCAAGAUCUUGAUAUGUAUGGUGUAGAUUAUUUUGAUAUUCAAAAUAAAAAAGGUACUCAUCUUUAUCUUGGCGUCGAUGCACUUGGUAUUAAUAUUUAUGAUAUACAAGACAAAUUAACACCGAAAAUUGGUUUUCCAUGGAGUGAAAUACGAAAUAUUACAUUUAAUGGAAAAAAAUUUUUAAUCAAACCAAUGGAUAGAAAUUCUCCAGAUUUUGUUUUUAUUGCAGAAAGACUUCGUAUUAAUCGACAAAUUUUAUCUCUAUCCAGGGGUAAUCAUGAAUUAUAUAUGCGUCGUCGAACAGCAGAUUCAAUGGAAUUACGACAAAUUAAAGCUCAAGCUGAAGCAAAAAAAUUAGCUAUUAUUGAACAUCGAGAACGAACUAAAUCUGAAAUUGAACUUCGUAGACAAGUAGAACAAGAACGUGAAGUAUUACAUAAAAAAAUUCAAGAACUUGAAAGAAGUGCGCAAAUAAUUAGACAAGCACUUGAAGAUCAAAAUGAUACAAAUAAACAAUUAGAAGAUAAACGUCGACAAGUUGAAGAAACUGAAUCACGUUUACAAAGAGAACGAGAAGAAGAAGAACGAAAACAGGAGAAAACGAUGCAACGAAUGCAAUAUGAACAACAAGAAAGAGAAAAAAUGGUUCAAGAAAUCGAAAAAACUCGUUUAUUAGCUGAAGAAAAUGCACAAGAAGCUCAACGAAAAGAGAAUGAAGCUCGUCAAAUUGAAGAAGAUUUACGAGAAACACAAAUGAGAGUUCUUCAAGCUCAAAAACAACAUAAUAAUAAUAAUCAUAAUACAGAAUCAUACGAAGACGAUCAAAAUCCUGUCGGUGAUGCCGACACUGAUGAAGACGACAAUAGCAUAGAUCAUAAUGAAAAAGAACUCGAUACACAUGAAUAUGUAUCACAUCAUGAAGAAGAACGUACACCUAUAAUAUCAAGAGAUCAAAAUAGAAAACAAAAACUUGAAGAAGAACGAAGAAAUCUUCAGCAACGACAACAAAAGGCUGAUACACCUGAAGAUAAGAUCUAUCGAGAGAAUACUAUUGACAGAGGUAUUGAUAAAUAUAAAACAUUGAAAAAAAUACGUCAAGGAACUGUUAAACGACGUAUCGAUGAAUUUGAAGCUAUGUGA